AUGAGGGUAGAAAUGGCUUCCAAGUUCCAAGUGCUGUCAGUACUAGAUGGAGCAGAUGAACACUUGGAAAGCCUGACAGGCCAAAAGCAAGUGGUGGAGCAAGUGUUCGAAGGUGCUAAGAGAGCAAUUUAUGCUUUGUAUACGCAGCAGGAAAGGGGGGAUUUAUGGGAGAGUAUGAGAAUUCUUGCUCAGGAUGUUAACACAUCUUGGUUAGCUCUUGGGAAUUAUAAUAAUGUCCUCAAGGUGGAUGAAAGGAUUGGGGGUCGCAGGGUUGAGUUAAACGAAUUUCUAGGGUUUCAGUUUUGUUUGGAAGAAUGUGAACUUUUUGAUAUGAAGCAACAAGGGUAUAGAUAUACAUGGUCCAACAAGCAGGUUGGAGAAGGUAGAAUCUCAUCCAAGAUUGACAGGGGACUGAUCAACGGACAUUGGAUUGUAGAGUUUCCAAGCUCGAUAAUGUCGGUGUUAUCUGAGGGAGUAUCAAAUCAUACCCCGCUUUUAGUGCAAUUGGAUGGAGGGAUGGUUCAGAGGCCUAAGCCUUUUAAAUUCUUCAAUAUGUGGGCGCAAGAUCAACACUUCCGACCAAUGGUGCAGCAGAGUUGGUUGCUCCCUGUUAAAGGUACUGCAAUGUUCACGCUAGUGACUAAGUUAAAAAGGCUCAAAAGAGAGUUGAAGUUCCUCAACAAGCACAAGUUUGCUUAUAUUCAACUUAAGGAACGGAAAUUGCUGGAAUAUCUUACUCUGAUGCAGGAGACGAUUCAUUUGAAUGGUGGGAAUGCAUCACUACAUAGUCAUGAGGAAGAUCUGAGGAAGAAUUAA